AUUGCCUCAAUGAAUGCUGACAUAAGCAAUUAACAUUUUAUUUUUUCUUGGUUUAUUGAUUGAUGGUUUUUCUUGCAAAUUACUAAAACUGGAGGAAGGAAUUUCCAUAUUUUAAAAUAAUAAUUUUUAGAAAGUUUGUUCUAGGUUAUUGAAAAUGGGCAAGCACGAAGUCGGAACACCAAAAUACAUAGCAAAUAAGAUCAAAUCGAAGGGUUUACAAAAAUUGAGAUGGUAUUGCCAGAUGUGUCAGAAACAAUGCAGGGAUGAAAAUGGUUUCAAGUGUCACACCAUGUCUGAAUCACAUCACAGACAAUUAUUGCUAUUUGCAGACAAUGCACAUAAAUAUAUGGACCAAUUUUCUAGAGACUUUGCUGAUGGAUAUUUGAGUAUUUUGAAGAGACAAUUUGGUACCAAAAGAGUUCCUGCCAAUCGAGUUUAUCAAGAGUAUAUUACUGACCGCAACCAUAUUCACAUGAAUGCAACAAUUUGGUUGACUCUUACUGCUUUUGUUAAAUGGUUAGGUAAAGGUGGUAAAUGUAUUGUUGAUGAGACAGAGAAAGGUUGGUUUGUUACAUACAUAGAUAGAGAUCCAGAAACACUUGCUGCACAAGAGAAAAAAGAGAAGAAAGAAAAGAUGGAUAAGGAUGAUCAAGAACGAAUGAUGCAUUUUAUUAAAAAGCAAGUCAAGAAAGGAAAAUCUAAUAAUGAGCCUGCAGAAGAAUUCAAACAACCUCUAGAAAGAACAGAUGGUGCACCUUUAGUACUGGAUAUAAAAUUGAAACCUAAAAAGAUAUUACCAAUCCAACCAAUUCUACCUGUUAAAAAAGCUCCAGAAACAAGUAAAAUAAAAAUCAAAGAAGAACCUUUAAGUGAAGAUGAAGAGACGGUUAGUAACUCUACAGAAAGUAAAAUUAACUUAAAACGUAAAGAAUCAGAAGAUGAUCCAGAAUCAUGCAAGAAAGCCAAAAAAGAGUAUAAUAGUAAAGAAGAAUAUGACAAGAGGAAAGGUUGGUUGAGGAUAGGUUUAUCAGUUAAAAUUGUGACUAAAUCAUUGGGAGAAAAAUAUUACAAAGCCAAAGGUACUGUAGUAGAAUUGGUUGAUAAGGAUCAUUUUGUUGGAAAAGUGAAACUAAAAUCACCAGAAAAUGUUGAAAAUCAUAUUAUAAAAAUAGAUCAAGAGCAUCUUGAAACUGUUAUUCCUUCAAUUGGAAGAGAUAUAAUGAUUUUAUGGGGAAAAUAUGAUGGUGAAAUUGGUGUGAUAGAAAAGGUGAGAAUAGAUGAUUUUUGUGUUGAUGUUGAGUUGAAAGACAAAAAGAAACUUUUAAAAAGAAUUCCUUAUGAACAAAUUUCUAAAUAUGUUGGAUGAAAAAAAUGAUAAAUAAUGCAAUGGUUUAUUAUAUUAUAUCAACUGUAAAUAUUUUUAGAUUAUUUAUAAAAUAUUAUGUCAUAUAGAAAUAAUUCCGUAAUUCAUUUCUGAUACAUAAUUCUACAAUGGUGAAAAAUGUUGGAAAACAAGCAUUUAAUUUUACCAGCAUUGCUUAGCAGGCUUUCCUUUUGUUAUUGUGAUAUUCAUUGCAUUAAUUAAACCUUUAUUUUACAUACCAAUGUUAAGAUUCUAUUAAAAUGGAUGUAUAAAUAAAUAAUGA